AUGAAGGCACUUUCAGUAUGGCUUAGCUCGUGGAUGCUAGCACCAGUGCUAGCAGAUGGUAAUGAUUCAUUUACUUUCCCCAAAUUCGAAUCAUCUACCGACUAUUUUGAGCAAAGCGAUCCUGACAUUUCAGUGGGAAGCGUCAAUUAUACUCACAAUUUUGGAUUGAAGGAUCAAUAUUCAUGGAGCCAGGUUUUAGAUCAAUUGGACGAAUACCACAAGUUGUUUUUUAUUGUGAGACACGCAUUUGGCGUGCAUCAAUGUAAUACUCCCUCUACUGAUUGGACAUGCUAUUGGCAAACUUUGGACGGUUCAGAUGGCCAGGUUUGGGCAGAUGCAUUAUUGACACCACAAGGUGUUGAGCAGAGCAAAAGCUUAUCGCAACAGAUCAAAUCAACGCCCGAGUUGCCACAGCCAGAUAGACAUUUCUCUUCUCCACUCAGAAGAACUUUGGAAACAUGGGAGUAUGUGUGGAAAGAUGUUACUGAUAAGACUCCCUUGAUCAAAGAGUUUGCAAGAGAAACAUACGGUAUCCAAACUGAAAGCAAGAGACAUCCCAAAUCCUAUAUCAAAACAAACUGGCCCUACGUUACUUUUGAAGAUGGCUUUACUGAAGCCGAUGAGUUGUGGUCGUCUUCAAAACGUGAAACUGGACAACACAGAAAGUACCGUGCUGCCUCCUUAUUAAAUGAUAUAUUCGAGCAAACUUCGGCAGAUGAAAAAGUCAUAUCAUUGGUUUCUCAUUCAGGUCUCAUUGGCUCAAUCUUGGAAGUUAUUGGUCAUAGAGACUAUCCAAUCAACAAUGCAGUUUUGUUGCCUGUUUUGAUUCAGAGAAAAAAGCACAAGACUGAUGAGUACAAGUUGAGCAAGCCAGAUAAGACAUUUAGCGACAUUUGUCCUGAUAAGCCAUCGCUGAUUACUCAGGGACCAGAAUUGACUUGUAGUGCUGCUCCGUAUAGAGUUAGUGCUUAA